CGUUGAUGAAUCUUUCCUGUUCAGAUCUGUGACUGUACUUCCCGACAACACAAACACAUUGUCUGCAGAAGUCAGUCAGUUAUAGGCGAAUCAUGGCUUACCACCCCGGCGUAAACAUGCCCACUGGUCAAGAGCCGGACCAAGUUGACGUCGAGGCCUUCUAUGUGCGAACAGAAGAGUUGAUCCCGUGUGCAGAGCCCAAGACCGACGCCGCAUCUAUCCCCUCGCUGCUUGAAUCUGAGAGCUGGAUAUCUGUGUGUCAUGCACUUUUGUUGGCUCGCCGGCUAGCUGCGCACCAUCCGGAGGAGCUCUCCCGAACUCUCGAACAAAUACUUCCCAGUUUGAACUUACACAUGAAUAGUUUGCGUAGUUCAUUAUGUAAGACGGCACUAAUUUGCACUGCAGACUUUUUCAGGUCCUAUGGAGACUCCCUGCUCGCAAUUGCUCCCGGUGGACUACCUGUGCUCGUCAAUACUCUUCUCAGCAAAGCAGCACUUGAAAAAAAGUUCGUGAUCGAAGAAGCGAAGCGAACGCUGGCUGCGAUGACGACUUCAAUUUCGACAAACAUCUUGAUUGAUGUGCUGUUGCCCCAAGCCCGAAGUCCAAAUAGUAAGAUCAGGGCCGUCGUCGCAAGCUGCAUGGCAGACACUGUUGGAAAAGCAAUAUCAGAGACGCGACCUGGUACCGAGUCCUGUAUUCACAUCACAAGAGCAGAGUUACUGCGUACUGCCGCUGCGCUGGUCACUGACAAAGAACCAGCAGCCCGAAAAAGUGCCCGUGUGGUGUUAUGCAAGCUCAAAGAAUCUCACGUAUCAAGUGCAAGCUUGGAAAGCUGGCAGACCUUCAUAGUGACAGUCUUGGGUAAAGGGUUGGUUUUGCAGAUCGGAAGAGCGCUCUGAAAAGGUCGGAAGAUCUCUGCGAGCGCAGAGAUCGAAGCGGCGUUCUUUCUCAUUGUUUAGUAUUUACCUUCUCCUAAUCUAGUUCUCCGGGAGCGUAAAACAAACAAUCACUUUGCUCUGGAUUGGAAGACCUGAUCUUAAUUGAAGGGAACCGCUGAGAAGGGGCAUGGGCGGAAUGGCAGCGUUGACUGUUCAAAUCAUUCGUCUCUGAUAUACCGUAAUCACUUUGAUAAAUGGUGCGAGGUUCUUGAUGAUAUCGCGAUAAUUAUCAACCACCUUCCUUCAGCCUCGCUUUCGCUGUUGCAGAGCACAGCCGGCUUAGUCCGACAGUAAUUCUCGAGCAUCCUCAACGCUCGCAUUCUGUUCUGGAACUGUCAGCAAGUCGAUUAGGCUUCUGUAAAGCUGCUGUCGCGGCUUAAGAUCGUUUAUCGCAGCCUCGAUACGUGACGGAUUAACUUUAUCCUCUACCAAGUACUUCUUCUUUAACUGCCGGCGAGACCGUCCAGGAAACAGCCGCUGCAAUAACGAAAAAUCCGUCCCGAAUUGGCGAAGUGCUUCAUAGAAAAAAUCAGUAUCUUCCCGCGUCCAUUUCUCUGCCUUCGUGUAGUUCGCAUAAGUCGCUGAGUUGAGUUUGUUGCCACUCUCUUCGACACGUAUGAAGUCACGCAGUAUUGACGCACGCUCAUCCAUAGCACUUACUAUUAGGCUCUUUUCAUUUACUACUAUUCGGCCGUC